CUUUUUGACGUUUGUUUGUUUGUUACAUCAAAAUUUUCGCCACCACGCAGUGUUAUUUUUUUUUGAGUUUGUAUGUGACUUUAGGUUAGGAAGGAAAAAAAAAAGGGAUUGGAAACUUGACCUUGGAUUGCAAUGUUACUUAGUAUUUGUUCUGUUCAACAAUUUCGCAUCGUUGUAUGUACUUAAAAUUUGAUAGAAUUUAAAGCAUUUUAAUUGGAAAAGAUUGUUUCUAAGGGAAUGGGGUUGAAUCAUUUGCCCUAAGCCCCUAAGUUAAUUUGAAUUCAGUUGGGGAUUUAAGUCACUAAACUGUGUUGUAGGAGAUAUGUUAGUUGCCUGAACUUCUGUUCAUGGCUUUUUUGAAAACCUAUUCAGUUCACAUUGUUUCUAUUGGUCCAAGUUUCCCAUAUAGACUACACUCUGUAUGAUUGAAUUAAUUAUUAUUUUGUGAGAAUCUUACUUUGUACUCUGUUAGAUCUCUAUGAAGUUGAAUAUUGCGUUAAUUACCUACUCUGACAUGAAUUUUUCCAAUUACUCACGUUCUGGACUCUGAUCCAGACAUGCACUUCAUCUAUCUGACUGUUGUUAACACUUGGAUGUUUCUCCAGUCCUCACUCUCUCUCUUUCUCUCUGUCCAUCAACUCCAUGACUCUUUCAGGAUACCAUAUCCAUCAUCAACUUCGUCACUCUUGGUAAAAGCCAUCUUGCACCUCUUUCUUUCUCUCAUCAACACGGCUUCCAUGUUCUUCUACCUCUAACUUCACAUUAGGUCUGUUCUGUUUCUGUGGGUUUGUGAAUCUUUGUGUCGUUAUGUUUGAUGAAAUGCCACAACCAUCACAAACUAUAGAAUUCCUCUGAACUGUAAUGUAGAAAGCUGUUUUGAUUUUUAGAAUUUCAAAGAUCGAGCUUUCUACAACUAGUUCUUCGCUUACAUGGAAUGAAACCAUAUACAUGUUCAAUGUUCAUAGAAAACUCACCAUUGCCACGAUUACCUACGCUGUUGUCUUUUAAAUGCCAUUUUCCUAUUCAGUUGGUGCCUAGCUUAUAUAUACAGUUCAAGUGACAAUUUAUCACUUCUUUAACAAUGGUGAAAUUGCUUCUUCAUUCUCUCUUGUUUGGUUGCAAUGUUUCUGGCACCAAAGUAGCUGUUAUGUGGAUGCACUUGUUGCAUGUCUAAGUAAUAAGAGAAACUUUAGUAUUAAUGCCUUUGAGCUGGUUAUUAGAGAACCUAAGACCAAUAACUUCAAAUAACCCCUCUAGAAAAUUGGGCUCACUUGGUGGUAUGUUAAAAUACACAUCUGUUGAAACUUAUUCAGUCCUUCAAGCAAGCUGCCUUCAACACUGGUUUAAAAACUGGCAAGCACUUAGGAGAAACAAAUUGACAGCUAGCACUUUUGCUGCUGCUAUUGGGUUUUGGCAUCGGCAAAGGGUCCAGCUGUGGUUAGAGAAGAUUGGUGCUAUUGAACCUUUCUCUGGAAACCUUGCCACCUGUUGGAGCAAUAUCAAAGAGGAGGAUGCACUUGAAAGAUACAAACUGAUAACUGGAAAUACCGUGCGUUUUCCUGAAUUUCAGGUCUAUGAUGCACACCCAGAAGACAGCUGGCUAGCUGCUUCACCUGAUGGCGUUAUUGACAGUAUGGUGCAUGAGUUGCCUUCUUGUGGAGUACUGGAGAUAAAGUGUCCAUAUUUUGAUGGGGACAUAAGUAAAGCUUUUCCUUGGUUUCGAAUUCCAAUUCACUAUAUUCCUCAAACUCAGGGUUUAAUGGAGAUUCUAGGAAGGGAUUGGAUGGAUUUUUAUGUUUGGACUCCUAAUGUUAGUAGUCUAUUCAGGAUAUACCGCGAUGCCGAGUAUUGGGAUUUAAUGAAAAUAGCACUAUCUGAUUUCUGGUGGAAGCAUGUCUAUCCAGCGAGAGAGUUGUAUAGUAGUAAUGUUAUAACACAUCCCCUAUUUCAAUUAAGAUCAAUGAGGCCUGCUCCUAGACAUGAAUUAUGUAGAGAUAUUGUUUAUAAAAGCAAACACAUUGCUGCUAAUUCUAAGUUGUUGAUGCGGGAGAUACAUGGGAAACUAUUUAAGGAGUUGAUUGUUAGAUGUGAUUAUUUGAAGUUGGAGAUUGGAGACUGGAGUGAGACAGGCUUAAAAGGUUAUAGAACUAUGCAAAAUUGA